AUGUCUAUAAUUGAUAUUGGCAUUUUAACAGGCUUCAAACCAGAACAAAAGUCUCUGCAAAAGGUAACGGUAACGAUGAUAGCAACCCUUUCACCCAAAGACAAAAUUCUUUAAAUUUUCAAAUUUUUUUUUUUGUCAAAUGCCGAAAAAUUAAUUGUACCAGAUGAAAGUUUUGCUAAAGAGAAUAGACCUUUUUACUGAUAGGGGGGCCAUAUUGAAUUAAUUAGAUUUAAGAUGUAUUAUAGGAUGCCCAGGGGGCAUGAGUACGAUCCGAUAUACUCGCUCCGUAUUUACGCACGCUUUUCGGGCCAAUUUUUCUCUACGUUUUCCUAGAAAUAAUGAUCGCCUUUUCCCCGAGAAAUAUACAGUGAAGUUUUCUUUUUGCACAAAAAGCGAGCGUAAAUACUGAGCAUGUGCCCCCCGUGCACACCAUAAUACUCCUUAAAUCUAAUAAAUUCAAUAUGGCCGCCGUAUCGGUAAAAAGAUCUAUUAAUUUAAACGGUCACACCUUUCAAGACCUCAUCAUUUAUGGUUUAAAACGAGCUUUCGUAAGAUUCUGUUAGUUUUUCCCCGGCCGUCGUGAAAAUUUGCUUCACUGCGAAUUUCUCUAUUCUGAUUGGCUGACAUACUCCUUAUGUAUCAGCUCGUAGAUAGCGGGCAAAUCAGAAGCAAAAAUAAUGCUAGAAGUCAAUUAGAAAACUGAUAAGCAUUCAAAUGUUCGCGCCGUUUUCUCUUCUUGACUGCGGCUCCUUGAUCUCUCUACUAUUUAGGUGCAAGCAAUCUUUCCAGCCACAAAACAAUGAUUUUAAACUUUUGACUGGAUAACUUGACUACUGAAGAAGCAAACUCUAAGUAUUUUUUUCAACACAUUAAAGAAGACUUAACUUUCUCACUUCCAAUGCACCUCGAUUUUUUUUCUCUCCCUCCCCCCCCAAGCCCCCCAUUACCCAACGCUCUGCAUUGAUUCGUGUCCAGGUCCCCCGUCCCGUCGGCAUCGAAUAAAGACACAAGAUAAUAAAGAUCUGUGAGCAGUCAAUGCUGAAUUAUUGCACUAAACAGCUAUCGUUUCUCAUCUUUUCUUACGGGAACUAAUCGGUACGUGUUUGUUAUUUUUAUCUCACAGUUGGGGGAUGAUUUGCCAGAACUGGACAAGUAUGAAGUGUCAGACAGAUCACUCGUUUUAUACCUAAGUGAGGUACGUUUCUCGUCAACAAAUAACAAUUGUUGGUUGUAAAUAUGUGUAAUAUACAUGUUCUUCCUACCAGAGGUUAUUUUUCUAAUGAUACCCGGAAGUUAACCGUAUAUCUCACUUGGAAUAAGGGGUACAGCUGUAUGUCUUUUCCACCAUCAUAGGCAGAUAACGCUAUCAACUGGAUCAUUAUCUAUCCAGUGAAUAGUGCAAUUGAUUUUCCUAAUACUUAUCUUCUGGAUAGUGAUUUAUCCGGUGGGUAGCACUAUCCGUAGUUUCAACAACCGGGGCCUGCAGAAGUCCAACUGAGUCAUCUGGCAUUGAUAUAAAAUAGUAAUAGUGACUUCAUGAUUAUACAUUCGAGCAUCAGUCCUAUAAACGUGCUGUUAAUUUAUUUCAGAUUCCAAAUGACCGACAGCUGUGCGUGAAUGUUCGGUUUGACCGGGAAUAUUACGUGGGUGUGGUUCAGGUGGUUCCUAUUAUUGUCUACGACUACUACGAACCAGGUAGAAUAAAUAGCUUGACUCCGCGAAAUACUGAAGAACUAACAACAGAUGAAACCUAAAGGAUUUGUCAGGGGAUUUCAUUUACGUAAUUACCCCAAAGGAUUUUUUUAGGAAAUAAUUGACUGACUAAUACGUACAUCGCCCCUUUAGAAAUGAGGAGGAAAUUUGGCCGGGUUAACUUUCGAAAAAACUUCUGGGACUGGCCAAUAGCUGACCAGCGGGUUCCCAGUAACUAUCCCAGAGACAUUUGCGGGACCCAUUUCGGAUCCAGUUCUCUUCUUUUUUCUAAAGUGGCGAAAGUGAGAGCUACGUACAUAUUUUACAAACUGGCUUAGGAAUUAAGGGUUAACAAAGUGUCAAACAUUGGUUUUUAUAUAUGGUCCGUGACAGCUGUACUCUGUCAGUGUUUCAUUUUUUGAGAAGCUCUUCUCAACCAAGUUUAUUCCCUCAGUUAAUAAGCAAAGUAUUUAAAAAGGUUGUCUCAAAUAAGCGCUAUCAGACUUAGCCCUGAAAAAAAAAGGCCCACUUAACAAACCCGCCAGGUGGUACAGUAGAUAGCUGAAAUUUAGUGCGCGUAAGUGGUUUGGCGGUGAAACCGUGAGGAGAAUGGGGAUGAAUCGCUCCCAUACAAUUUCCUCCAUUCCUUGUAAAAUUUCCUUAAAACUUUUUCUCUAAAAAACAGUCCCGUACUAAGAACCUCACAGCUUGUGUAACUGUGAGCUAUUCGUCAUUUGAACAAUUGUGUUUGUUUUUUGUAGAUGAGUCGUGUAGCGUGUUCUACGGGCCAGAUAAGCACAGCCCAUUGAAAUUGGGCGUUUGCGACAUUGGCUCUAGAUCCUGUAAAUGUACUCAAGGUAAUGUGGGAAAAUAGUUGGUUUAAUCUGAUGUCAUCACAAUUCUAAAUAAAAAUUUUCAUUCCGUAGCCAUUUUUGAAGUGCUCGGUAUACCUCCAACAUAUGUACAGUUGGCUCCCGAUAACUCGAACCCUCGGUAACUCGAACCUCCCGCUAACUUAAAGUAAUUUUUGUUUCCCCUCAGAUCAUUUCUAUAUCGAGGUCAAUUUUACCCUCGAUAACUCGAACCAUGUUUGAGCCCUUAAAAAGUCUAGGAAAAACAUCGUACUGGCGUCGGAAACAUUGGAUUUUGAAGUUCCAUUGACGUGUUGUAGACAUAUGGUUUACUAGUAGAGGCUGAUGUUGUUUGUCUCAAUUCUAACGUGAAACAACUUUACUUCUCAAAACAGUAAAACGCCUGCUCGAAUUACGCUAUGUUUUGUUACGUUACUUUCUGAUUUAUAAUCUAAAAGUAUCUUUCAAUUUUCACCCAACAUUUCUACAGUAAAAUGUGAUUAAAGUGUUUACUGUACAGUAAAACUGUUUUUUACCUUACUUCCGGCUAUUUCCUUCUAGCUACCGAUAACUCAAACUUUUUCGAUUUCCCUUGAGGGUUCGAGUUAUCGGGAGUCGACUGUAUAAGGCGUUGUGCAAUGUAUUGGUUUUUAGUUUUUGUACAAUGUGCUCCCCAUAACUUGGUUAUAACAGGUCAUCGACCUUCAGCUUUUUCGCUGAUGUUGUUUAGUAAUAAAUUUAAGCUUACCCUAUGUUUGUCUUUAGUCGUUCAAUCCAUUAUCUUUAUUGUAAAACCAAUGUUUUCAUCACUACCCGCCCUGGCUAUCAUCCACUGACUCAUGACGAGAAAGCCUUUUUAAGUGAUAUGCUAUUGGCCGUUUUUAUGGUAGAGAUGUUACAGUCGCCUGAGAUAGACCGCUUUAAUGUCUAGUGUAAAAACGGCAAAAAAUAAGACAGACGACAUUAACCUCUUCCUUUAAGUUCGUCGUUCAGACGCACUUAACAGACGACUUUAACGUCUCAGACAAUAAAUGCAAGUAUAAAAACGGGACGCAAUAAACUGGGACACAUUUAUCCCCAGCUCGUCAAGAGACGACUGGGAAAAGUCAGUGUUGGAAGUCUUUUUAAGACUGUUUUGUUUUUCAAUGGUAUCUUUUACUUUUAUGCGUCCCGUUUUUACAGCAGUUGACUGUACUGUCUUAGACGUUAAAUACGUCUAGACGACUUUGACCAGUGCUUAACGUCCCUAGCAUAAAAAUGGGCGGUAGUGAAUGUUGCAAGUAAUUGUUUUUAACCUCUGUUUUGCAGACGAAUGCGCUCAACACGAUCCUCCUAUCGGCAACAUCCCCAAGCUCAUCAACAUGGCUUGUUUAAAUUACAAUUACGGUAAGAUAGCCUAAGCAAUAGUGCUACGACAGUGAUUGCAUGGGCCGAGUUAAGCAAAACCAACAAAACAGGUCAAAGGGAACAAGUCACAAGAACUCGAACCAAAGAUUUUUGAGACAAUUGGCUUUGUUAUUUUCCUCUAGUUUCGAGAGUGACAGGGAAAUUCUCGCGUGCGAUGGUUUAUUUCGGGAAAUAUGGCGCUUGAAAUCAUCCGAAAUUCAAAGUGAACAAUUUUCCGCUCACUUGAACGCUUCAAUUCGCUGAUCACGUUAUACUGAAUACGUCACAGGUGUGGAGCAACAGAGGAACCUGAAAAUGGCUGACAGUAGUUUAAGUGUAAGCUGUACUCCUUCGGGGUUUGCCCUUCUUUUAAAAUCACUAUAUAAUUUCCAUUUCCGUAUGCUUAUGGAGGUCAAUAUAUCAACUCUACUUACUACAAUGCAUGUUCUUUAUAUUCUUAUGACAGCCAUAAAAGGGAAAGUUGUGCUGAUCGACGAGCAGAAUGCCAUGCUUGCCUACGUUGUUCAAGUUGUGAAAAUCAUUAAGCAAGGCAACAAGGUGUUAAAGGAUGGAGGCUUAAUUGAGCUCUGGAAGCGCGGAGCCUGCCAGAGUCCCGACCUUAAGGAAAACAAAGAAUAUUUGUUUAUGGGCCGUGACGAGGGGGAGAGGUAUGAGCUGGACAAGACCUCGUUCGUGAAAUUGUGGCCUCAAAACAAAGGCAACAAGGAUAAAACAACCUUGGAUGACUUUGCUGCACAGUUAGCCUGCUGA